AUGCCAUCACAUGGUCAAAUGGAUAUGUUCCUAUAUCAACCACCACCACCGACGACAUGCACAUCAUCAUCAAUGGUCGCCAACAUCAGCUUCUUCCAUUUGAAAGGAAGCCAAGCAAAUGCCAACACUGCCAACAGUGGGGGCAUGGGGCUGCAAAAUGCCGAAAUUACAGGGUACCUCCUACUUGUAACUGAUGUGGUUAAAAACAUCCAUGGAGUUCUAGAAACUCCCCCUGUACCAAACCGAUACCAUGUGCAAACUGUCUUAGUAGGCACAUGGCACAUGACCCCAGGUGCCAUCACUACCAGAGGGCUCUUCGACAACUUAACAACAAACUUAACCAAGCUAGUCAAACUAAGCAAAGCAGACCUACUUUUUCUAAACCAGAAACAAAUAGAUUAUGGAGCCCAAGCCUACAGUUGCGCCGACCCCAAGCUGUUAGAUAAAUUAGAUGUCACUAAAAAUCAAGCUCUUAGAAUAAUAGCUAAAGUUCCAUCAAACACUAGCGGACAAAGCUUAGAAGUCGAGUUUAAUAUUAUGCCACUGAAGUAUCGCCGUAACCUUCAACAUCUUCUCAAAAUUCAUUCUCUUAAACUAGACCACCCAGUUCAGGAGCUCACACCUAUAAUAGCUAAACCAGGGCAGUGUUCCUCCAGUAGUCCAAGGUCGAGGGGCGGGGAGACUGUCUUUCCGGACUCCGUAAGAAGCUUCUCCAAGAAGACGUUUCCCACGGUCAGGGCGAGGCCCUUCACCCUAACCCAGGUGCCCCCGGGAAAACGCUGCGUGACCAGAAAGAUCGAGCACUGGGUAAAGACUAUGAUGAAGAAAUUAUUGGGAACUGCUUUGAAGUGUGGACUGAUAAUAGGAAUAAUCGGCCUGACGGCCUACGUGUACAUUUGGAACUGCUUGGCACUGACGUCAGGACACGCAGAACUUCAUGUAGUUGAACGGGACAACCGAUUAGCAGAGGACAGCAAUACAGGUGUAAUAAAUACAAAAACCAAUCGCCAGUCGCCAUAUGUCAAAGACAAAAAAACACAAGCCAGGUUCGCCAACGAUGACACAUUCUAUCUUGCGACUAAUAUAAUUAGCGGUGUCGGUCUUGGAAACUUAAUCUAUGCGUAUGCAUCGCUGGUGGGCCUAGCUAACAGCAGGAACAUGACAGUAGCUCUACAAGCAAAUCAUCCUCUUAGACAAAUAUUCCAUCUGGAAGAAAAGGUUUUACCAGAUGCAAACAUGUUCAAAACUUUCGAAAGAGUAACUUCAGAAAAAUGUUCUAGGUAUGACGAAAUGUUUUUAGAAAUGCCUCGAAAUCGUAAUUACACAAUUGACAAUCUGUUGCAGUCGUGGAAGUAUUUUAGCCACGUGGAAUCAAAUAUUCGUCGUCAGUUAAGAUUUAAAGAUCACAUCAAGUCCGUUGCCGAGAAACGAAUUCGUGGAAUUCGUGAAAAAUAUCAUUCAAAAAGUCAAGGGGAGAUAACUCUAAUAGGAGUUCAUAUAAGAAGAGGUGAUAAAGACUCUGAAUUGGCCAGAAAGGCCGGAAAUUACGUCGCUCCGCCAGAAUACAUCAAAAACGCAAUGGCGUAUUAUGUGUCUAGGUUUUCAAACUGUGUUUUUGUUGUUUGUAGUGAUACGAUGACGUGGGUGGAAAAACACGUAAAAACAAAUUCAGGCAUGGAACUGAUAUCAGAAAGGAACUCUCCGGAAGUGGAUAUGGCCAUAUUGUCUCUAUGCAAUCACAGUAUUAUGACAGUGGGGACAUUUGGAUGGUGGGGAGGCUAUUUAGCUGGAGGGACUGUGUUGUAUUAUAAAAAUCCGUAUGACGAAAAUGAUCAAUUCUGGAGUAAGGUAUUCAACAAGGCUGACUACUUCCCACCACAUUGGAUACCCAUGUUGUGAAAUCUGAACACAGAAUUUAUUUGUUAUAUGCCAUUCACGUUUCCAUGGUUUCGUCCAUGUUUUCUAACUGUGUAGUCCAGUUAAACAAAAUCAAAAUACAGUAGUUUCAUUGAGAGAGUCUAGACUGAAUGCUUUCGAUGCGUGCGUCUGAAAAAAGCACAUACGGCCAGCCGCAAUGGAAUAACCGUAUAAGCUGUAUAUGUCCAAAAUGUAAGCCACAGACGCGUCAAUCAGUGGGACCGCACGCAUGUGCCGCAUCCAAUCUGUAUGAGCCUUUAGUAGAGCAUUGGCCUGAGAUGUUCUACUAAUCUGAAGUCUGAAUGCAGCAUAAAAAGAUUAUAUUAUAAAA